GCACGCAAUGUGAAUUCAUCGUAACUCCUGAUAGUCGGAAAUCCACACCACAAGGCAAGAAAAAGAAAAGAAGUUUGUGCCGUUUGCGAGUGCUGGUGAGUGCUGCAUAUUAAACGUGUGCGGUGUGACUCUAGCAGUCUCUGUUGGAAUCGUUGGGAAUCCGAUAAUCGAACGAAAGGUUGGAUUUAUCACUUUAUGUAGAAGGAAACCAUGCAUAAGAAUGGACCACCGCCGCCUUAUGAACCACCGCCUUAUGCACCGCCUGCUUACUCUCAAAAUGUAGGAGGCGUCCCUCCAGCUAGUCCAUUUACACCAGCGCAAACUUAUGCAAAUGGACCUACUAUAGUCACGACUAUUGUUCCAGUUGGACCACAGUCGACUCAUACAAUUUGCCCACAUUGCCAUGCUGAGAUAGAUACGGUGACAAAAACUGAACCUGGCAUGAUUGCUUAUAUCUCAGGUGUCAUCAUAGCAUUGUUGGGAUGUUGGUUUGGUUGCUGCUUGAUUCCUUGUUGUAUAGAUGAAUGUAUGGAUGUUCAUCAUACCUGUCCAAACUGUAAAGCUUAUUUGGGUCGUCAUAGAAGAUAAAUGGAUUGCAUCCACGUAUUGCAUUUGAAAUGUCUACGAUACCACUAAUUAUAUAUUAAACUUGAAUUUCACUUCAUACAUUUUAGGGGAUACCUCUAUAUGAAAGAGAAAGAAAGAUAUAGCUCCAAU